AGCGGAUGCGACGGGUGCAAUCCAGUCGAAGCAGCCCGACCUGAUCAGAGCUACUGGGCACAGUACUCGGUGCCAGGCGGGGUGUGGUAUCAAGGGCCUCCAGUGCUGCGGCAGGGAGAUGGAGGCAAAGGAGGAGCGCGAGAUGUGGAUGGCCAUGUCGGAAGAACAGUUCGCCGUUCUGGGUCAAAGUUUGUCGCCGUCGCACAGAGACCAGCUCGCCCACGCGCGUGCCAUGGCCAACUUCGGGCUGCAAGGCGCGCAGGCGGAGGCGCAGCAGGCCAACCUGCAGAUCGGCAAGUUCUCGCAGCAGGUGCUGCAUCAAAAGCAGAGGCUCACGAAGCUGGAGGAGCAGGCGCAGCAGGCGAUCAUGGCGGCGAUCGUGGCCAAGCAACAGCUGGAGGAGACGGAGAAGCAGCUGGGCGAGGCCAAGCGGCGCGCCGCCGAGCACCUGGGGGCCCAGGGGCUGGCGCAGCAGAUCGCGACCGACACUAUCGAGGUGCCGAUCAAGGAGGCGCUGGGGAAGUUCGAGCAGGCGGUGCCGUCGGAGCUGGCCCCGCAGCUGCAGGGCGCGGUCGACGCGCUCAGGGCGGCCAUGGCGGUGGUGGCGCAGCAGGCCGCGGCGGCGUUGCAGGGGAGGCAGCCUGGCGGCGCCGCGGCGUCUGGCGGCACC